UGCGCUCUUUCCUCCAAGCCCCAACCGGACGCCAUUACCACGCCAGCGGAUAACGAAUGUGUCAGUAGUGCGUCUUUUGAGAAAAUAUCUCCAAACUCUACUACGAGUUCGCUUAUUUGUGUUGUUAGUUUACAAAAUACAAUUAUCUUAAAAUGUCUGACGAGAAAAAGGGAGAAAGUGAACAUAUCAACUUGAAAGUAUUAGGACAAGACAAUGCAAUUGUUCAAUUCAAAAUCAAAAAACACACACCACUCAGGAAACUAAUGAACGCCUACUGUGAUAGAGCAGGUCUAUCAAUGCAAGUGGUCCGGUUCAGGUUUGACGGGCAGCCCAUCAAUGAGAAUGACACACCAACAUCCCUGGAAAUGGAAGAGGGUGACACAAUAGAGGUGUAUCAACAACAGACGGGGGGAGUGCAUCAUCUAGUGUAAAUUAACCUUAAGGAACUGUCUAUCCCAUGGGAAUCGCUGUGGUGUGCCCAUCUCAAAACUUAACAUUAAGUUAAUUAUUUGUAAUAAAACAUUUGUAUCUUGAACGCAAGAGCGAAAAUUUAAUUCGGUUCACACAAAAUUUUCAGAUGUUUUGUGUUUGCUGAAAUUCGGUCUUCAGAAUUUUUGAGGAAAACCAAAUGUUUAGGUAACUUCAACAUAUUCCAUUGUGAUAAUUUUAGUUGACGUGUCUACAGUAUCAGCUGGAUUUUUGUAAAGCUGAGACUUAGGCAUUUUCAUGGAUUCUGUGUAACUAUAAUUUAUUGGACUUGUGUCCAUUACAAUUAUCAGGUCUAACAACUGAUGUUACAUAUAUCAGGAAUAAAGUAAAUGUAAUAUGUA